AUGAGCAGGGACGAAAUAUCCGAUAAGGACGCGAGGACCGUAAAGGCGGAUGUCGACUCCCCACCUUCGCCACGGAGUAAAGGUGGUAGGAAUAGCGUGGGAUCCUCAACUCAUCCACAUAUGAAGUCCAUCGGUAGGAGGGUAGCGCGAUCCAUCAAAGGCGCAUUCGGUUUGCUGGACCCCCCGCCGCCUAGGGAAAGUCUGGACGAUGCAGACUAUCUUCCCGAUACGAACGCCAACAUCUUCAGCGUUCUUACCUUUGGCUGGCUGAAUCCUCUCAUGUCCUUGGGUUAUGCACGCACGCUUGAAGCUACAGAUCUGUAUAAACUUCAGGAGCAUCGCUCCUCUGUCGUUAUUUCCGAGAAGAUCACCACAUCCUUCUACGCUAGAAAGGCUAAGGUGGACGCAUGGAACGCGAGGUUGGACCGCGGAGAAAUCCACCCUGGGGUGAUGAAGAAGGUAUGGUGGGGUAUGACAGGGAAGGAAGAGGAGAAGAAGAGGGAAUGGCAGAAAGGGGCGAGGAAGCGGGCAAGUUUGGCCUUGUCGAUGAAUGACAGUGUUAAGCUUUGGUUUUGGACUGGCGGGGUGCUCAAAGUGCUGGGCGACACGUCCCUGGUUACAAGUCCGCUACUUGUUAAGGCCAUAAUCAACUUCGCAACGGAUUCUUAUAAUGCGCAUCUAGCUGACGAACCGGCUCCCUCGGUGGGAAAAGGCAUAGGAUACUGCUUUGGUCUUCUUGCCCUCCAAGUUUUCUGCUCCCUUUGCCAGAAUCACUUCAUCUACCACGCCAUGUCGACCGGUGUUCUCCUCCGAGGCGGACUCAUCACCGCUAUCUACUCCCGCUCGCUCUGUCUAACGACCCGCGCACGUUCUUCGAUCCCCAAUGGCCGUCUCAUCAAUCACAUCUCCACCGACGUCUCCCGCAUCGACGCCUGUUGCAUGUUCUUCCAUCUCUUCUGGGCCGCUCCGUUCCAGAUCGGGGUCUGCCUCAUUCAGCUCCUGAUUAAUUUGGGCCCAAGCGCGCUGGCGGGAUUCGUCUACUUCAUCUUGGUUACACCUCUUCAGGCAUGGAUCAUCAAGAACCUGAUCAAGAUGCGAGUGAAGACGAUGGUGUGGACGGAUAAGAGAGCGAAGCUACUACAGGAGUUGCUAGGCGGCAUGAAGGUCAUCAAGUACUUCGCAUGGGAGGUACCAUUUUUGAAGAGGAUUGCAGAGUAUCGGCAGAACGAGAUGAAAUAUAUACGAGCUUUGCUGACAAUACAUGCAGCUAAUGCCGGCAUGGCUACCACCGCGCCUGCUAUCGCCACCGUUUUAGCAUUCGUCGUAUACGCUGCUACGGGUCACUCGCUCGAAGCCGCCAAUGUGUUCUCUUCGCUCACGCUGUUUAGUCUAAUCCGCAUGCCUCUGAUGAUGCUCCCUAUGUCUUUCAGUACCCUCGUUGACGCCCGCAACGCUAUCCACCGCCUCCAGGACGUCUUCGAAGCGGAAACUAUCACCGAAUCCCAUGCACCUGAGCCCGAACUCCCAAAUGCACUUGAAGUCAAGUAUGCAUCUUUCUCGUGGGACACUACAGUCCAAGACGCUGCCGAGAUCGCGAAAGUCCCAAAACCAAACGGUCCCGGAAAGAAAGGACCUCCUAGCGAAGGACCUGAUGCACCCCCUCCAUCGCAGGAACCUCCGAAGGCCGAGAACCUGUUCAAGAUACAAGGCGUAAGCCUCGAAAUUCCGAGGGGAAGUCUAGUCGCUAUCGUCGGUAGCGUGGGCGCCGGUAAGACCAGUCUCCUGCAGGGUUUGCUUGGAGAGAUGAGGCGCACAGAGGGUAGCGUGAAGUUCGGUGGAAGCGUGGCGUAUUGUUCCCAGAGCGCAUGGAUUCAGAACGCGACAAUCAGGGAGAACAUUUGUUUCGGGAGGCCGUUCGAGGCAGAGAGGUAUUGGAAAGCGGUGAAUGACACAUGCCUCCAUGCAGAUCUGGACAUGCUGCCGAACGGGGACAUGACAGAGGUCGGAGAGAGAGGCAUCUCGCUUUCGGGCGGCCAGAAGCAGAGGCUAAAUAUCUGUCGUGCUGUCUACGCCGACUGCGACAUCAUGAUCUUCGACGAUCCACUCUCGGCGUUGGACGCCCAUGUCGGUGCUUCAGUGUUCAAGAACGUCCUCGUUGGCAGUCCACCUGGCAAGACGCGCAUUCUUGUCACCCACGCGUUGCACUUCCUCCCUCAAGUCGACUAUAUCUACACCCUCGUGGACGGAUGCAUCGCCGAGCGGGGAACUUACAAUGAAUUGAUGGUCAGCGAAGGUGGCGCUUUUGCGAAGUUUAUCACCGAAUUCAUUUCUCAUGACAAUGAUGCGGAGGAAAAGGGUACAGAAGAGAUUGAGGAAGAGGAAGACGCUGAGGUAGAGAAGAAUAGAAGGCAGAAAGUCAAGGGUACACAGUUGAUGCAGACGGAGGAGAGAACUACGGGCAGUAUCGGUAUAAGUGUUUUCAAGGAAUACUCCAAGGCGGGAAACGGGGCGUUGUAUAUACCGUUCCUGUUGCUUUCGCUGAUUGCACAGCAAGGAGCCCAGGUACUAUCGUCAUAUUGGCUUGUGUACUGGGAGGAUGACGCAUUCGACAGAUCUUCAGGAUUCUACAUGGGUAUCUAUGCAGCUCUGGGUUUCGCACAAGCGUGCACCUCAAUGGUCAUGGGCGCAAUUUUGGCGUGGACUGUGUAUACGGCUUCCCAAAGACUGCACCAUAAUGCCAUCAAUCGAGUUAUGCAUGCUCCAAUGUCCUUCUUUGAGACUACACCUAUCGGACGCAUUAUGAACCGGUUCUCCAAAGAUAUUGAUACCUUGGACAACACGUUGUCUGACUCAUUCCGUAUGUUCCUUGUAACUGCGUCCAACAUCGUCGGCGCUAUCGUCUUAAUUGCUAUCGUCGAGCCCUGGUUCCUCAUCGCUGUCGCUUUCUGUAUUUUCCUAUAUGCUGCCGCCGCCGCAUUCUAUCGAGCAAGUGCCCGCGAGAUCAAGCGUCUCGAUGCCAUACUUCGGUCUUCAUUAUACUCCCACUUUUCGGAGUCAUUGUCCGGAAUAGCUACUAUCCGUGCUUAUGGUGAAUCGGAUCGAUUCAACAAGGAGAACAAGGAUCGUGUCGAUAUUGAGAAUAGGGCGUAUUGGAUCACGGUCACUAACCAGAGAUGGCUCGGUGUUCGGCUUGAUUUUUUCGGCGCAAUUCUCGCAUUCGUCGUCGCUAUCCUCACUGUCGGCACGAGAUUUACCAUCUCACCCGCACAGACUGGAGUUAUUCUCUCAUACGUGAUCACUGCUCAACAGUCCUUUGGUAUGAUGAUUCGUCAACUCGCGGAAGUCGAGAACGACAUGAACUCUGUCGAGCGUGUCGUCUACUAUGCGAAACAUGUCGAGCAAGAGGCACCACAUGUUAUCGAGGAUCGCAAACCACCCGCUUCAUGGCCGUCAAUUGGACGGAUCGACUUGAAGGACGUGCAGUUGAAAUAUAGGCCCGAGCUCCCACCCGUCCUUAAGGGGAUCACCAUGUCUAUCCAGGGCGGCGAGAAGAUCGGGAUUGUGGGAAGAACCGGCGCUGGAAAGUCGUCGAUUAUGACCGCGUUGUUCAGGCUGGUAGAGAUCUCCUCUGGGUCGAUUGUGAUUGACAGCGAGGACAUAUCAAAGCUUGGGCUCACGGAUGUUCGCAAAGGGAUUGCUAUCAUCCCUCAGGAUGCGACGCUAUUUUCUGGGACUUUACGCACUAAUCUGGAUCCAUUCGGUCUACACGAUGAUGCACACCUGUGGAAUGCCCUCAAACGCGCCUAUCUCGUUGACCAAGACAAAUUUCCAUCCAUUAGCGUCGAUGAGAAACCGUCGGAUGUCUCUAACACGCCAGGUCAAGGAUUUACGCUAGACAGCCCGGUAGACGAUGAAGGCGCAAACUUAUCCAUUGGGCAGCGGUCGCUCGUCUCACUUGCGAGGGCACUUGUCAAGGACACAAAGAUCAUCAUUCUGGACGAGGCAACUGCGUCUGUCGACUAUGAGACUGACAAGAAUAUUCAGGCCACCAUCGCGAAGGAGUUCAGAGACCGAACCAUACUGUGCAUUGCCCACCGAUUGCGGACCAUAAUCUCGUACGACAGGAUAUGUGUGCUUGAUGCAGGACAAAUCGUCGAAUUUGACACACCGGAAAACUUGUAUCGCAUAGAGGAUGGUAUCUUCCGCAGUAUGUGCGAAAGGUCCAGCAUUACGCUCGAGGACCUGAAGAAGGCUGCGAAGGAAGCGGAGUUCAGCGCUCAGCAAGGACAUUCUAGGUAAUGCGUCCGAGGAUCUCGAGUUAUGAUAUAUGCUCUACGUUUUCUAAAUACGACAGUAACGAAGGUGGCGAGGGUGACUUCCAACUUGAAGUUUGUCUCAACCUCAC